UAAAUUCGGGCUCAGAGCAACGAAAUAUCCCCACCGAUUUACACGAACACUACUGUCAAAAAAAAAACACUAAAAAUAAUAAAAACUGAAAUCAAAUACAAACAGGCACCUCACAGCAAUCGCUGCUGGAACAUCACUUGGUUGUAAUAAAAAUAAAUAAAAGAAAAUAAAUGAAUCAUCCGCAAGAGACUAGUUAAGAACCAAAAACACCGAGAUGAGUACGACGGAGAUGAUGCGGGCCAAAACAAAGCCGUCGGAGAAGAAGAAUGACAUCAAACUGGCCCAACAUGAAUUUGCCACCGUGCGAAUGGUGCAAAUUGGCUGUGUACUAGAUGUCCUGACCGAGGCUAUCGAACGGGUGAAAAUCUCUUUGAUUAUGCCAAAACUGCUGGGGCAUCCGAAGCUCCUGGCGAAGAUUCUGAAUGGCACCAAGUACGAGAGGGCAGUUCACCUGGUAGAGUCCUUUGUGCGACGAAGGGAGUUCAUUCUGCGGGAAAAGCGACCACCGCUAAUGGACCACGGCAUGAUCCAAAUCAUCGACUUCUUCCAGCGCAACCACAAGAUGCAUCGCCUAUUUCCGGGCUUCUACAACCACAUGAGCGCGGAGGAGAAGAAGCUAUUGAUUGCCUUCCAGAUGCUCUACGAUCUGGCCAAGGACCGCCUGUAUAGGACCUCCGCGGAGGCCAUCGCCCAGGAGCGGCAGCUGCACGCCAUGUACAAGCAGAACGAGGUGGUCAAGGAGCAGGUGGAGGAGCUGCGCAACAAAAUCCAAUCCCAGAAGUUGGCCAUCAGGGCUCGAAUGGCCGCAAAAGAAGCCUAUCUCCAGAAUUACGAGGAAAUGCUCAUGAAGAAGAAGCGCGAGAAGAGCGAGCGUGUUCAGAAGGAAAUCGAUCGAUGCACUCGCCUAGUUCGAGCCAGCAGGAAAGCAAGUUUGGAGCGGCAGGCCGAGCUUGAAGAACAGUUGCAGAAGACGCAAAACAACUACGAUACUGCGACCAAAUCGUAUUUGAAACAGGAGAAGGUAUUUCGCGAGGAAAAAAACAAGCUGAUCCUGCAGCUGCAGGCCAUCAUCAAGAAGUACGAUUCCAGCAUUGGCGAUAAGAUGAUCGAGAACAUGCAGCUCACCGAAGAGCACAAGGUGGCCAAGAAGGCUCUCGACGAUUUUAUGGUCGGAUUCCGGAAGGUCGAGCGGGUCUACAAGCAGGUCGUGCUUAAACGCGAGCAGGAGGAGCACAAAUACCGGCAGCACCGCAUCCUCAUUUUCGCUAUGAAUCGCGCCGCCACCAAAAUUCAAAAGUACUGGAGAAAGUGGAAGAAGCACAUGCGCAAGAAGAACAAGCGUGCCAAGAUGUAAUUCAAUUGGUAAAACAGUUCAAAUUAUCCGUUACCUACUGAGCUUGUAUUUAAAUUAAAAAAAAAAUAAUUGCAAACAGUUAAA